AUGAAAUUUCUCAAGACUGAGAAGAUACUUGGUGAAAUCAUAGCAGAAAUUUACACAAUCGAAUUCCAAAAGAGAGGACUCCCGCAUGCACAUAUACUAUUAUUCCUUCACCCUAGAGACAAAAUAAAAGAUCCCGAAGCCAUUGAUGCAGUUGUGUGCGCAGAAAUACCAGACAAAUCAUCAAGCCCCAUUCUGUACGAGUUGGUGAAGAGAUAUAUGAUACAUGGUCCAUGUGGUGUUAGUAACCCAAAGUCACCAUGCAUGAAGGAAAGAAAAUGCACCAAAUAUUUUCCCAAAAAAUACAAUCACCACACCAUUGUUGAUGAGGAUGGGUAUCCUACUUAUAAACAAAGAGAUGACGGUAGAACUAUUGAAAGCAAAGGUGUACAUCUAGACAACCUGUAUGUCAUACCAUAUAAUCCAAUAUUGCUACAAAUGUUUCAAGGGCACAUCAAUAUUGAGAAGUGCAACCAUUCAACUGCAGUCAAAUAUUUGUUCAAGUAUAUCAGCAAAGGAAAUGAUAGAGUAGUUGCUGCACUUUUCCAGAAUAAUACUGAUGGUAACAACAAAAUAAUUGAUGAGGUGCAACAAUACUACAAUUGCAGAUAUAUAUCUGCAUGUGAAGGUGCAUGGCGUAUAUUUGGAUUCAAUAUCCAUCAUAGAAAUCCUGCAGUAGAAAGAUUGAGUUUCCAUUUACCAAACCAACAACAUGUCAUAUAUGCCAAUACAGAUGAUGUUGCUGCAUUGUUGGAGAAGCCGAGGGAUAAACGAAAAUGGAAGCGUAGGAAGAAAGGCUUUGCCGUUGGUAGGAUGACGCAUAUCUCACCAUCUGUAGGGGAAUUGUAUUAUCUCCGUGUGUUAUUGACCAAAGUUAAAGGUCCAUCCUCUUUUGAUGCAAUUACGAUAGUUGAUGGUAUUGUAUAUACAACUUUUAAGGAUGCAUGCUUUGCAUAUGGUCUUCUUGAUGAUGACAAUGAAUACAUAGCAGCUAUAAAAGAAGCAUCUGUUUGGGCAACUAGGACUUCCUUGCGAAAACUAUUUGUUAGUAUGCUGUUGUCAUGUAGUCUUCAACAUCCAGACUAUGUAUGGAGGGAGACAUCAAAAUUUAUUUCAGAGGAUAUGUUGUACUUCCCUCGAGAUGAUCCUACAUUUACAGGUUUAAACAUUAGUUUGGAUGAUAAAGAACAAGCAGCACUUAAAGACAUUGAUUCCUUGCUUCGUCAAAAUGGGAAGAGCCUCCACAACUUUCCUUCUUUAUCAAUUCCGAAUGGAACUCAACCAAUAGAUAUCAGGAACCAUCUAAUCAUUCAAGAGUUAAGCUAUGAUAGGCUUGAGAUGCAACGUGAAUCGAUCAAAUUGCUCAAUAUGCUUAAUGCUGAUAAAAAAAAAAUUUAUGACGAGGUUAUUUUGCAUGUUGAAAAAGGUGAAGGUGGAUUCUUCUUCGUAUAUGGUUAUGGUGGUACUGGCAAGACAUUUUUGUGGAAUGCAUUGACCUCUACAUUACGAGCAAAAGGUGAUAUAGUCAUAACUGUUGCUUCGAGUGGGAUUGCAGCUACUUUAUUGCCAUCUGGUAGGACUGCUCAUUCAAGGUUUGCAAUUCCUAUCCAAAUAAAUGAGUCUUCCAUUUGUUCUAUAAAUCAGAACACUCCACUAGCAAAUUUGAUCAAGAGUACAAAAUUAAUAAUUUGGGAUGAGGCUCCUAUGGUUCAAAGGUUAUGUGUGGAGGCGUUUAGUAGGUCUUUGCAAGAUAUCAUGCAAUCUAGCAAACCUUUUGGUGGAAAAUGCAUUAUUAUGGGUGGUGAUUUCUGUCAGAUUCUCCCUGUUAUUCCUAAAGGAAAUAGGGCCUCCAUUGUAGAUGUAUGUAUUAAUUCAUCUCACUUGUGGGAUUACUGCACUAUUUUCAAGUUGACAAAAAACAUGCGUCUGUCUGCACCAAAAAAUCCUGUGGAUGUAGAAAAAUUGGCUUGGUUUUCACAAUGGUUAUUGGAUGUUGGAGAUGGGAAAUUAGGUGCCCCAGUGGAUGGAAUUGCACAGAUUGAAAUUCCAAAAGAGAUCUUGAUUUCAAACCCUAUGGACCCAAUGCAUUCUAUUGUUCAAUCUACAUACUCAGAUUUGAUAGAUAACUUAGACUGCAAUGAAUAUUUCAAUAAAAGAGCAAUAUUGGCACCCACAAUUGAGAUGGUUAACCUUAUCAAUGAGUACAUGUCAUCAUCUUUGCUAGGAGAGUCAUUUGAAUUUCUAAGCUGCGAUUCUGUUUGCAAGACCACUGAUAAAACUGAUACUUUUGAUGAUCUGUACACAACAGAAUUUCUCAACACAAUUAACUGCUCAGGCAUGCCUCCCCAUAAGUUAAUUUUGAAGGUGGGAGCACCUAUAAUGUUAUUACGAAACAUUGAUCAAGCAUCAGGACUAUGUAAUGGCACACGCCUUCGUAUAUCAAAGUUGGGGAAAUCAAUCAUAGAAGCUGUCACAUUGAAUGGGUCCAAUCCAAACAAAAAAGUCCUUAUUCAUAGAAUGGAUAUGAAUCCCUCAGAGAAUAGGUGGCCAUUUCGAAUGCAAAGAAGGCAAUUUCCAAUAUCACUCUCAUUUGCCAUGACAAUCAAUAAAAGUCAAGGGCAAUCUCUUCGUUAUGUUAGUUUAUACUUAUGCAAGCCUGUUUUUACACAUGGUCAAUUAUAUGUUGCACUGUCUAGAGUUAAGAGCAUGGAAGGGUUGAAGAUUGUUGUUGCCCAAACUGGUUCUGAUGCAUUGAACACAACAACAAAUGUGGUAUACCCAGAAAUAUUUAGGAAUGUUUGA